UGCAUCUGAAAAAAAUGGAGAGACAGAGGGCUUCGGAAAAAAGGAAAACCCAGGACCCUCCGCGAUUCUCCUCCUCCUCCGCCACGAGCGUGAGGGAAAGACAGUGGUGAUGGAUUUUCCGUUCUUCCGUUCGUCGCCUAUGUGUGUGCGGUGGGUGAUCUGUUGCUGCUCGAGGUUACCGAACUCUUCUCCCUUCUUCCCUGUUCUUGCGCACCUGAUCCUUCUUCUACAUCUCUGCCUGGCAUUAUUCUGUGUUGGUGUGUACAAGAGAGAUUCAGUUCUUGUUCCUUCUCGUUGCCAUUUGCUCACCAUUGUAGACAGCCGUUCAUCUCGUGAUUUCUCUUCUCCCCUGUUUCUGUUGGUACUGUUUGAGAGAGUUAAAGGAGCUUUGAUCUCCUUCCUUCGUUCUCCACAGGCUUGCUUGAGGUCAAUUGUUGGAUAAUGGCUAUAUUGGUAAAGACGCAAGCAGGGUUUCCAUUGAUAAAUCUUGCUAAGUUAAAGGGGAUUCCUAUUUUGCAGCAGUUGCAUCUGGAGAAGUGGCUGCUGCGAACUAGCUCAGACAAUUGGUGCAUUAGAAAUGAUGGAACCAGUUCCAUGCCAUUGUAAUGGGCUUGUCUGGUUAUUUCUUUCUAUGCUUUAGCCCUUCUUCUGACAAUCAUGUUUUGUCUGUACUGAGCUCAUAUCUCUAGUUUUUCUUGCAUUGUGUUUGGCAUGCAUUAUAUGACAAGUUGUAAAUUCAUGAUAUCAUGGCUAAACCAUUACUCGCUGGAAAGCUUCCUCCCCUCACUCUUACAUUUGGUAGGCACCUCCGCAAUGUUCUUCUCUAG